GAUACACUUCACAGCACUUGCGAUUACUGACAUUAGGAAAAUAACUUUGAUUCUCGAGAUAUUUGCGGUUUGUGGAGUCCCCAAAGUCUUUCAAUGGCAUAUCACUCAGAGAUCGAAGAGUUCCACAAGACUGUGGGGAAUAUGGCUAUAUUGCCGCUACGCACCCAAGUGCGAGGACCAGCGCCCAGUUAUUCGGAUGAUAACGACAUCAUUGAUGAGUCACUAUAUUACUUCAAAUCGAACGUUUUCUUUCGCGAAUACGAAGUGAAGUCGGAAGUGGACCGGGUUCUUAUCUAUGUAACGCUCUACAUAACGGAAUGCCUGAAGCGAUUGGCCCGAUGCACCAACAAGAGCCAGGGACAGCAGGAGCUCUACAGUCUGGCCAUCUCAAAAUUUGAUCUACCGGGCGAUGCUGGUUUUCCGCUGAACUCGGUCUUUGUGAAGACUAAUGAGCCGGAGCUGAUGCGUCAGUACUUGCUGCAGUUGCGUCAGGAGACCGGUAACCGUUUGCUGGAAAAGGUCUUUGACACUCCCGACGAUAAGCCCAGCAAAUGGUGGAUAUGCUUUGCCAAGAAGCGCUUUAUGGAUAAGAGUUUAUCAGCGCCAGGAAUGUAGGACGUAUGUAAGAAGCAUACGUCAUGCGAUUAUCUUGACUGUUAUAUUUGAGACUUGUUAAAAUACUAAUAAAAUACCAAAUAUUUUGAUACCACCGAUAA